CGCGUGCUGCUGGAUGACAACCUCACUGUUUUCGAGGGAAGGGUCGCCGCCAAUCGUCUGUCAGCGAUCACCAGACGACGUGUGAACCUCCAGCGCUGUCCUCCACCGGUACUGGCAUCGGAUGCAAUGGCGGAGCCUUCAACAACCUCCAAGUCUUCCACCACGGCCACGCAAAGUCGAGAAUUGCCACCAUCUGCCGCGGUGCGACAUCGACUUCCUCAGUCCCAACGCAACGACUCGCAUGGAUCACAGUCCCCUCGGCCCACGCUCGAUCGUCGAAGAUCCUCCAUGCUCUCGUACUCCAGCAUCGAGGAUCUCAGCCAUGCUCUGACCAACGACAUCAUCAACCCCAGCAUGAGCAGACCACGCACGGCCCGGGAUGACGACGAAGUCACACACUGGCACUCCACUCCUCUGGCCUUCGCCAUCCUCCCGGCCAUCGCGGGCUUGCUGUUCAAGAAUGGCUCGCACUUCAUCACUGAUAUCCUGCUGAUCGUCUUGGCUGCCAUCUUCAUGAACUGGAGUAUCCGCUUACCCUGGGAUUGGUAUUACUCCGCGCAGUCGCAACGACGAGACGUCGACCCGGAUGACUACGAUGCUCCGCUCGAGGACGACAACGACGAAGCAGCAGUGGAGUCGGCAUCGUCUGCCGGCACAUCUCCCAACCGCUCCGCCCGCCUCGGCGCCAUUCUCGAGACCGAGGCAGAAGCGAUCUCUGUACAGCAGCAACAGCGUGAAGGAGCAGCCGCUGAAUUGAGAAGACAAGAAGUCACAGCGCUCAUCGCCACCUUCAUCUUCCCCGCAGCCGCAGCAUACCUCCUGCACAUCAUUCGCGCGCAGCUCACGUCUCCAUCCUCCACCGGCCUGGUAUCAGACUACAACCUCACCAUCUUCCUCCUCGCCGCCGAAAUCCGGCCCUGCCGCCAACUCAUCCGCCUCGCCACAAACCGCACCCUACACCUCCAACGCACCGUCACCAGCCUCCACGACCCCUUCACCGCAGCAUCGACCGCAGCUCUCGAAGAAGAGCAAACAGCCAUCACCACCCUGACCGCCCGCAUCGCCGAGCUCGAAGCGAAAAUAACCAACCCCUCCGCCCUCAUCCCCCAAAACGGCACCAUCGCGCAAAAACAAGACGUCUCCGAACUCUCCACCGAACUGCGCAAACGCUACGAGCCGCGCCUCGACGGCUUAGAACGCGCGGUCCGCCGCUACGAAAAGCGCUCCACCACCCUCGCCAUGCUGACAGAGCAACGACUCAACUCCCUCGAGACGCGGCUGCAAGACGCGUUGAGUUUGGCUGCCGCGGCGGCGACGCAAUCGCGGCACCGUGGACCUUUCGCUGCGCUGUUGGAUACGGUGGCGCUGGUGUUGCUGUGGCCGGUGCAGGUGGCGUGUAGCCUGGCUGUGUCGCCUUUGCGGGUGCUCGAUGAGCUUUACGUCAAGCUCAAGGUUCUUUUGUUUGGUUCUUCGGCGGCACGGGGAGGGAGGUCAAGUUCAACGAAGACGAAGAGUGCGAGGGAGGAUGUGAAAGCGAAGACUGUCACGAGGAAGAAUGUACGGUGAUCUGCUUUUGAGCAGGCUGGUCUCCCUUUGCUAUGAUACCCCCUCACGUUCGCCUAUAGAAUGGUUGGGGCCGGAAUGAUGGAGAGUAUCCCUGGAUAUCUAUACACUAACGACACGC